CAUGUGGUCCCGGAGCGGAACGCGGGGCGCGCUGCUGCUGGCGCUGCUGCUCUGCUGGGACGCGAGGCUGAGCCUAGCAGGCACUGAUUCGGGCAGCGAGGUGCUCCCCGAGUCCUUCCCGUCGGCGCCGGCCGAGCCGCUGCCCCACUUCCUGCAGGAGCCGCAGGACGCCUACAUCGUGAAGAACAAGCCGGUGGAGCUGAGCUGCCGCGCCUUCCCUGCCACGCAGAUCUAUUUCAAGUGCAACGGCGAGUGGGUCAGCCAGAAUGACCACGUCACGCAGGAGGGCCGGGACGAGGCCACCGGCCUGCGGGGGCGAGAGGUGCAGAUCGAGGUGUCUCGACAGCAGGUGGAGGAACUGUUUGGGCUGGAGGAUUACUGGUGCCAAUGCGUGGCCUGGAGCUCUGCGGGCACCACCAAGAGUCGCCGGGCCUAUGUCCGCAUCGCAUAUCUGCGCAAGAACUUCGACCAGGAGCCUCUGGGCAAGGAAGUACCCCUGGACCACGAGGUUCUCCUGCAAUGCCGCCCACCAGAGGGGGUGCCUGUGGCUGAGGUAGAAUGGCUCAAAAAUGAGGACAUCAUUGACCCCACCCAGGACUCCAACUUCCUGCUCACCAUUGACCACAACCUCAUCAUCCGCCAGGCCCGCCUGUCAGACACGGCCAACUAUACCUGUGUGGCCAAGAACAUCGUGGCCAAGCGCCGCAGCACCACGGCCACAAUCAUCGUCUAUGUGAACGGUGGAUGGUCCAGCUGGGCAGAGUGGUCGCCCUGCUCCAACCGCUGUGGCCGCGGCUGGCAGAAGCGCACACGGACCUGCACCAACCCCACCCCGCUCAACGGAGGAGCCUUCUGUGAGGGCCAGGCCUUCCAGAAGACUUCUUGCACCACUGUGUGCCCAGUGGAUGGAGCGUGGACAGAGUGGAGCAAGUGGUCAGCCUGUAGCACGGAGUGUGCCCACUGGCGCAGCCGAGAGUGCAUGGCACCCCCACCCCAGAACGGAGGCCGAGACUGCAGCGGGACCCUGCUCGACUCCAAGAACUGCACCGACGGGCUGUGCAUGCAGAAUAAGAAAACUCUAAGUGACCCCAAAAGCCACCUCCUGGAGUCCUCGGGGGACGUGGCGCUGUAUGCCGGCAUCGUGGUGUCCAUCCUGGUGGUGGUGGCGGUCCUCAUGGUCGUGGCGGUGGUGGUGUACCGCCGCAACUGCCGUGACCUGGACACUGACAUCACCGACUCGUCCGCCGCCCUCACCGGAGGCUUCCACCCCGUCAACUUCAAGACUGCGCGGCCCAACCACCCGCAGCUCCUGCACCCUUCUGUGCCUCCCGACCUCACUGCCAGUGCCGGCAUCUACCGCGGGCCCGUGUACGCCCUGCAGGACUCGGCCGACAAGAUCCCCAUGACCAACUCGCCCCUGCUGGACCCCCUGCCCAGCCUCAAGAUCAAGGUCUACAGCUCCAGCACCACCGGCUCCGGCUCAGGCCUGCCAGAUGGGGCUGACCUGCUGGGGGUCCUGCCGCCCGGCACGUACCCUGGCGACUUCUCCCGGGACACCCACUUCAUGCACCUGCGCAGCGCCAGCCUCGGCUCCCAGCAGCUCCUGGGCCUGCCCCGGGACCCGGGGAGCAGCGUCAGCGGCACUUUUGGCUGCCUGGGCGGGAGGCUCAGCAUCCCCGGCACAGGGGUCAGCCUGCUGGUGCCCAAUGGAGCCAUCCCCCAGGGCAAGUUCUACGAAAUGUACCUCCUUAUCAACAAGGCAGAAAACGCCCUCCCACUUUUGGAAGGGACCCAGACAGUAUUGAGCCCCUCGGUGACCUGCGGGCCCACAGGCCUCCUGCUGUGCCGCCCCGUCAUCCUCACGGUGCCCCACUGUGCCGAAGUCAGUGCCAGCAACUGGAUCUUCCAGCUCAAGACCCAGACCCACCAGGGCCACUGGGAGGAGGUGGUGACCCUGGAUGAGGAGACCCUGGACACCCCUUGCUACUGCCAGCUGGAGGCCAGGUCCUGCCACAUCCUGUUAGACCAGCUGGGCACCUACGUGUUCACGGGUGAGUCCUACUCCCGCUCAGCAGUCAAGCGGCUCCAGCUGGCCAUCUUCGCCCCAGCCCUCUGCACGUCCCUGGAGUACAGCCUCAGGGUCUACUGCCUGGAGGACACACCUGUGGCGUUGAAGGAGGUGCUGGAGCUGGAGCGGACCUUGGGCGGAUACCUCGUGGAGGAGCCCAAACCCCUGCUGUUCAAGGACAGUUACCAUAACCUGCGCCUCUCCCUCCACGACAUCCCGCACGCCCACUGGAGGAGCAAGCUGCUGGCCAAAUACCAGGAGAUCCCCUUCUGUCACAUUUGGAGUGGCAGCCAGAGGGCCCUUCACUGCACCUUCACCCUGGAGAGGCACAGCCUGGCCGCCACGGAGUUCACCUGCAAGAUCUGCGUGCGGCAGGUGGAGGGGGAGGGCCAGAUAUUCCAGCUGCACACCACACUGGCAGAGACACCCGCUGGCUCCCUGGACGCCCUCUGCUCUGCUCCCAGCAGCGCGCUCACCACCCAGCUGGGACCCUAUGCCUUCAAGAUCCCGCUGUCCAUCCGCCAGAAGAUAUGCAACAGCCUGGACGCCCCUAACUCGCGGGGCAACGACUGGCGCCUGUUGGCGAAGAAGCUCUCCAUGGACCGGUACCUGAACUACUUUGCCACCAAAGCGAGCCCCACGGGGGUGAUCCUGGACCUCUGGGAAGCUCUACAGCAGGAUGACGGGGACCUCAACAGCCUGGCCAGUGCCUUGGAGGAGAUGGGCAAGAGUGAGAUGCUGGUGGCCAUGGCCACCGACGGGGACUGCUGAGCCGCCCCAGACUGCGGGCUGCUAGGGACUGGCAGGAGGCGGGUGCAGGGAGGUCCAGGCACCUCCUGUGUGGCAGUUCACCUCUGCUGCCCCCCCAGUUCACAGCCGGAGUCACCCUCCUCCUCCUGCCUUGCCCUGCCCCAGACCACGACCAGCC